CAGGUGGCAACUCCCCGCACAGCCCGCGCAACAAACGAAUCGAGGAGGUGCGAAAGAGCACACACUACAGCACAUGUGACUCGAGCGAGAGAGGGCGAGAAACAGAGAGGUCGGAAGAAAAACACGCGUUGCUGCCGCACAAAUUUCCGCUGUUUACAAAAAAAAAGAUUCCCAAAAAGAAAGCCAUGUCCACGGGAAGGAAGCGCAAGCAGCAGCUGAAGCCGCGCCAGGAUGACCACCGGUCGCCGGUGAAGCGGCGCAGCGUGGACAUCAAGACGGAGCCCUUGGACGGCUAUCCGGCUUUGGCCGACUACGAUUUGAGUACGGCGGACAUCAAGCCGGAUCUCACCGAGCUGCAGCUGCAGCUGGCGGCGGAGCAGCAGGUGGACACCAGUAGUCGCUUGGAUUUGGACCACCAGGAGAGCGACUCCGACGAGGAUGGCUACUCGGAGCUUAACUACCACGAGGCGGAUGUCUUCUGUCAGGAUGAACCCGACGACUAUGACCCCGAUUGGAGCAGCCAGCAGACGGGCUCCCGGCUGCUCUUCAAGUUCCCCACUCCCAGCCAGCAAACUGGCUUGAAGUUCGGCAAGCGCUUCCAGUGCCCGCAGCACUACUUCAACCAGCUGCUGGGCAACCGCUCCAGGUUUUUCAGCCUUCUGGCCCAGGGAUGCAAUCUCAGGAGAGAGAAAAAGCAGCCCACCAGUGCCGAGGAAAUGGAAACCUUUGUGGGACUCUGCCUGCUGAUGAGCGAUUUGAAACUGGACCACUUGGCGGACUACUGGAGCAGCAACAUGUUCCACGGCUUCGUGGGUUUCGCUGGGAAGAUGAGCCUGGAACGCUAUCAGCAGCUGCUGCGCUGCCUCAGCUUUGAUGCACUGCAGCCGAAGGCCAAGGACUUUCCGCUGCUCAACUUCAUCAACGAGCGAAUGGCGGAUCUGUAUGUUUGUGGCCAGCAGCUGGUGCUCAAUGAACCCAUCGCUUUGUGGAAGGGUAGAUUCAGCUACCAGGAGGAUCUGCCAAAUAAGUUUCGCAAGAACUCGCUACUCCUGCACAUGCUGAGCGAACAGAGUGGCCUGGUGGUGAAGCUGCUGCCGGAGGUGGUGCGGCAGGAGGAUGCCCCAAAAUGGGUGCGCAAUUCCCGGCUGCUGGUGGAGCACCGCAACGAGUUGGCUUUGAAGCUGACGAAGGACCACCAGGAGGGACGCACUGUGUACGCCUCAAAGUUCUACGGCAGCUAUGGUUUGGCCCAUGAGCUGGCCAAGCGGAGCACCUACUGCACGGGGCUGCUGGACAGGAAUAGGUACGGGAAUAGCAAGGCGCUGGUGCAUCAGCAGCUGGCGGUUAACAGCAUCUCCACCAGCUACGCCACCUCGCUGAUGAUGGCCAAGUGGCGGCGGCGGGCGAAGAGCCUGUACUUCUUCAGCUCCGACUGCCUGGCCAUCUAUGCCAAGGAGCUGUCCAUGCAGAAGACCAACGCCAGGCCCAAGCUGAUCCAGGAGCUGGACUGGCAGUUGCGACGCGGCCACGAGAGUCGCCAGCAGCUGAUCCACUACCAGCCUGCCUGCCAGGAGCUGCCGGCGGACAGGAAGCUCGCCAUCUUCCUGCUCAACAUCCUCGUCCACAAUGCCUACUUGCUGUACUUGGCCAACGGCCAGAAUCCCCGGGGCGGUCACCUCAAAAGCUACUCGGAGUUCCGGGUGGCCAUCAUCAAGUCGCUGCUGAGGGAGGAAGUGAUCAGCGAACCCGUGGCGGUCAGCAGUCCGCAGAAGUCAGAGGAGCAGGAAAAGGCGAAGAACAACAAGCCAGUGGCCGAGGCCAAGCAGGUGAAGAGCAUCCGGCACGAGCCGGUGGUCAUUCAGCAGAACGGGAAGCCGGCGCGGAAGAACUGCCGCCACUGCCACAAGGGCGGAAUGCUGCAGUUCAGCAAGUUCAUGUGCAACUCCUGCCCGGACAAACCGGGUCUCUGCCAGGAGCCCUGCUUCCGGCUCUGGCAUGAGCAGCUCAAGAAGUGAACAGACUAAGGACUAUUAUGUGGACCAAUAAAUA